GAACCCAGGACUUCCGAAUCAAAAGCGAAAUUGGCGGGUCCGCAUCUGAGCAGCCCAAGGGAAGAGGAGAAACGUCUUAGGGGGGCAGAGGAGCAGCUCGGCUGCUUUUCCCCCAUUAAGCCGGUGGGCAUCGCUCAGUGAGGGGGGGCAUGGGAGCAUAAGUCGCACCAAGUAGGGUGUUUAUUGGCAUGCUGUGAAGGAAUAAAAAAGGGCCAGUUUUAAGUUUAGUAAGACACCGGACAGAAGGGCUUUGGGGGAUGACUGCGGCUGUGACUUUAUCACUUUGCAUUCUCUUCCUGUCUGUGGCAACUGUGACGGCCGCGGAUGCAGAGGAGCGUCUGGUCAACCACCUGCUGGACCCGGAACGCUAUAACAAGCUGAUCCGCCCGGCGGUCAACAAGAGCCAGCGGGUGACUGUGGCCAUCCAGGUGUCCCUGGCCCAGCUCAUCAGCCUGAAUGAAAGGGAGCAGAUCAUGACUACUAAUGUGUGGCUGACCCAGGAGUGGAAUGACUACCGGUUGAUGUGGAACCCCGAGGAGCACGAGGGGAUUCAGAAACUCCGCAUGCCGUCACGGCACAUUUGGCUGCCGGACAUUGUCCUCUACAACAAUGCUGAUGGGACCUAUGAAGUAUCUUUCUACUGCAAUGCUGUGGUCUCCAGCAACGGGGAUAUAUUCUGGCUGCCUCCAGCUAUCUACAAGAGCGCCUGUAAGAUAGAAGUGAAGGACUUCCCCUUCGACCAGCAGAACUGCACGCUCAAGUUCCGGUCAUGGACGUACGACCACACCGAGAUCGACCUUAUCCUCACGAGCGAUUUCGCUAGCCGGGAUGACUUCACGCCUAGUGGCGAGUGGGACAUUGUGUCUCUACCGGGGAGGAAAAAUGAGGAUCCGAAUGAUGUCACUUAUUUGGACAUCACCUAUGACUUUAUCAUAAAGAGGAAGCCUUUGUUCUACACCAUUAACCUCAUUAUCCCGUGUGUCCUCAUAACCUCACUGGCCAUCCUGGUCUUCUACCUGCCGUCUGACUGUGGCGAGAAGAUGACCCUCUGCAUCUCUGUCCUCCUGGCCCUCACUGUCUUCCUGCUCCUGAUCUCCAAGAUAGUACCCCCCACCUCACUGGCUGUGCCUUUAAUCGGCAAGUACCUGAUGUUUACCAUGGUACUGGUCACCUUCUCCAUCGUCACUAGCGUUUGUGUGCUCAACGUGCACCACCGCUCACCCAGUACCCACACCAUGCCCAACUGGGUCAAGAGAACCUUCCUCCAGAAGCUGCCCGCCCUGCUCUUCAUGCGAAGGCCCAGGACCUCCAAUGUCCGGGAGAGGUUCCGGCGGAAGCAGCAGCAGAGAGCCCACUCUGAGAUGAAGCUGGGGAAGGCUGAGGCAGAAUCCCUCUACGUCAAUGAGGAGUCGGCCAAGAGGUUUGGCUGGAAGAUCGACAACCUCCCGGAAAACACAGGGUUCAGGAAGAGGAUGACCGUCAAGUGCAACGUGGAUGUGGAGCAGGCUGUAGACGGAGUGCGAUACAUCGCUGAGCAGAUGAAGAGCGAGGACGAUGCUGAGAGUAUCAUUGAGGACUGGAAGUACGUGGCCAUGGUGAUUGACCGGCUCUUCCUGUGGAUAUUUGUCCUGGUCUGCAUGACUGGUACCAUGGGUCUGUUCAUGCAGCCCCUGUUUCACAGCUACAGCUUGCUGGGAGCCACUGACCAGUAAGCAGAAUACUUCACCUGUUUGCCAGACCAGUGUAGCACAGAAACCUUUUGUAACCUUGUCAAAGUCACAUAUCCAUAGAUAACCUCAGGACCUCCUUUGGCAGACACUCUGUAUUACAAAUCCAUGAUUUUAGCAUUUUCUUUUUCCAAUGGCUCAAACCUGAUGUUGAGAUUUGACCUCUGACCUCAUGUUUUGGGGGAAGGUUUUUAUUUUUUAGGGAAAUGUAUUUUAAAUGUAUCUUUUGGGAAAUGUAUUUUAAAUGGACAGAACUAUUCAAAAAACCUCUAAGUCCCAUAUCUGUAUCUUCUGUGAUAGAAAGCAAACACAGAAACAGUAAUAUAAGCACAGACAUUCAGAAAAGGUAUGGAAGCAAUAAAUGCAGACCACAGACACAUGCGGUUUGCCUGAGGGAGUCUGGUCUACGUUGAUACAGUGACUCAUGUUGGUCGUAGUCUUUUAGAACUUUCACUGAAGCUAGGAGACACUUUACUGCAUAAGCGUGUGUGUGUCAUGCUGUUCCACGCAGACCAUCCUGCCGCACCCUUUAACCGGCACACAAAGUAUCAAUUCUGAUAUUCCCGCUGCUCUAAGCGGGAAAUCCGUACGUCAGAAAUGCUCGUAACCCUCCCAGGCAGUUCAGGUGGGGCUGAGUUACUUCAGUGACGUUCCUGAACUGCGUGUGUUCAUCGUUUGGGUAACAGAUUGUUGAGUAUUUAACAGUUAGGAAAUACUCAGGCUCAAAACUAUAUUAAACACACACAGAAUAGUAUCGUAAGCAUGCAAAAUAUUGGUAGCAAAAUACAGAUCGAUUUGAUCCUAGACAGAAAAAUACUAGCAAAUUUCACAUUGGUGCGGUAUGUGUAAAAAUAAAACAUGUAUCAUUCUAAAAGAUGUUACCAAUAUUGAGGUAAGUAUAGGUAAUUUAGACUAUUGGCUGUUGUUAAUGUCAACUUCAAGUUAAUUUACUAAAAUGUAAUGUUUACUUGUGUCAGUUAAUAGAAUAUUAACAAAAUUUCAAAGAAUUAGCAGCAUCGAGAGAAUAAUGAGAAUGGUAACAGUAGGUAAUAGACAAUAAUACUAAACAAUA